GAAAUUCAUGGAACCAUUCUGAAGGCAUAAAAAGUUCCGCUGCUUGUACCAUAGAGGCAGAGUUUUAUGCAUGUACCUUUUCUACAUACAGUCUGCUUACGAUGCUUGUGAAACUCCAAAGGAGUCGGAAUCUCCCCGUUUUAAAGCCAUAAUGCAGGCGACAAGUGCACCCAGGAAAAAGUUUCCUGCAGAUAUAAAAAGUUUUUCCCAUGAGUUGAACUCCAAAGGAGUGCGGCCAUUUCCUUUCUGGAAGCCCCGAGGCUUAUAUAACUCCAAGGAGGUGCUGAAAGUCAUUCAGGUGAAAUUUGAGAAAGCUAAGGAAGAGGUGAACUCAGAUUUGGCAGUAUUUGCUGGGGAUUUGGUUGGGAUAAUGGAAAAGCAUGCAGAAAGCCAUCCUGAGUGGAAAGAAACUUUAGAAGAUUUGCUAUUACUCGCUCGGAGCUGUGAUGUUAUGACUCCUGGGGAAUUCUGGCUACAGUGUGAAGGCAUAGUUCAAGAUUUGGAUGACCGACGUCAGGAGCUCCCCAUGGGGGUGCUGAAGAAGCUUCAUACUCGCAUGCUUUUUAUUCUCACUAGAUGUACAAGAUUACUUCAGUUCCAUAAGGAAAGUGGAUUUGCUGAAGAUGAACCGGCUAUGGAUCUACGAGAACUUCAUUCUGCUGAUAAAAGUGUUUUAUCUGGACCAGGAAAAGCUGGCAAAGGCCCUAUGGUUACCAGGAGCUUCAUGGAAGCAGCUGUUUCAAGGAAGUCCUAUAGCCAGGAGCAGCAUAAUUUAAAAUGGAAAAGAAGUCAGGAGAUAAAACCCGUAAACUUCUUCUCACAGCUCAACAAUGAAACUGCGAAAGAAGAGGAAUCAACUGCAAACAGGGAGCGCAUAGCUUCUUGGAAACCUCUUCCUUCCCCUGGACAGAAAAACCAGAAAGAAGGUAGCCCCAUGAAAGAUGGCUUGUCCAACAGGAAGGAGGAUGCUUCACAGAGAUUAAAUAGGAGAGGAAAUUUUGAUGUGGAUCAGAUUGUAACUAACCCGCCUGAAUUACCUGGGUCUGGAGAUUCUGAUAUCCAGGCUUCUGAUGUUUCCAAGCAUCAACAUAAACUUUCCUGGGGAAACUGGGAUCAACAGAAUCUUUCUGAUGAGGGAUCAAUAAUGUGUCGCAUAUGUGAGGAGUAUGUUCCUACAUUGUAUGUGGAGGACCAUUCAAGGGUUUGCGCAGUUGCUGACAGAUGUGACCAGAAGGGUUUGAGUGUUGAUGAACGUCUCAUCAGAAUUGCUGAGACACUGGAAAAAAUGAUAGAGGUUUGUGCACAGAAAGACAUCCCAAAUGCAGCUGGAAGCCCAGAUAUCACAAAAAUUUCCCACUCAAGCGUAACUGAAGAUUCUGAUGUCAUUUCUACAAAACUUGGUGAUUUGUCCAGGAGAGAAUCAGCUGAUAUGCUAGACUGUUUCCAGGAGGCAGAUACCAUUUUUGAUGACAUGAAGAACCUUCCACCAAUGACAUGCAAGACCCGGUUUGGUUCGAAAUCAGAUCAAGGUAUGGCAACCUCAUCUGCAGGCAGCAUGACUCCUCGCUCUCCUCUAAUGACACCUAGAACCAGUCAUAUAGACAUGCUUUUGACUGGAAAGGGUGCACUUUCUGAAACCGAGGAUCUUCCGCAGAUUGAAGAACUUGCUGAUAUUGCACGGUGUAUAGCAAAUGCCGCCUUAGAUGAUGAGCGUUCUUUAUCUUAUUUAGUCUCAUGUGUGGAAGAUCUACAAGAGGUUAUAAGUCACCGGAAGCUUGAGGCUCUUACUGUACAGACAUUUGGGACUCGAAUAGAGAAACUUCAUCGGGAGAAAUACCUUCAGCUUUGUGAUACAGUUGAUAUUGAAAAGGUCGAUGCAACAAGUACUGUAAUGGAUGAAGAAGAGGAUGUAGUUCGUAGCUUGCGAACAAGUCCCAUACACCCUAUAAAUAAGGACCGCACAUCUAUUGAUGACUUUGAGAUCAUAAAGCCUAUAAGCCGUGGGGCAUUUGGUCGAGUCUUUUUAGCCAAGAAAAGGACAACAGGAGACCUCUUUGCUAUUAAGGUUCUUAAAAAAGCCGAUAUGAUCCGCAAAAAUGCUGUUGAAAGCAUAUUGGCUGAGCGUGACAUCUUAAUCUCUGUUCGGAAUCCUUUUGUGGUUCGGUUUUUCUAUUCUUUUACAUCUCGGGAAAAUCUAUAUCUUGUGAUGGAAUAUUUGAAUGGAGGGGACUUGUAUUCAUUGCUGAGAAAUUUAGGCUGCCUUGAUGAAGAUGUUGCUCGUGUAUAUAUAGCAGAAGUUGUUCUUGCUUUGGAAUACCUACAUACCUUGCGUGUGGUACAUCGAGAUUUGAAGCCCGAUAAUUUGUUGAUUGCACAUGAUGGACAUAUCAAGUUGACAGAUUUUGGACUUUCCAAAGUUGGCCUUAUAAACAGUACAGAUGAUUUAUCUGGGCCAGCUGUUAGCGGGACAUCCCUACUUGGAGAAGAGGAGACUCACGUUACUGUGUCUGAGCAAUUGAAUCAGCGAGAUAGAAGGAAGAAACGUUCUGCUGUCGGCACACCUGAUUAUUUGGCACCAGAGAUCCUGCUAGGAACAGGACAUGGUGCAAGUGCAGAUUGGUGGUCUGUUGGCGUUAUUCUCUUUGAGCUGAUAGUUGGAAUUCCACCUUUUAAUGCUGAGCAUCCCCAGACUAUUUUUGACAACAUUCUGAAUCGCAAGAUACCCUGGCCUCAAGUACCUGAAGAGAUGAGCUAUGAAGCUUAUGAUCUAAUUGACAAAUUGUUAACUGAAGAUCCUAACCAGAGGCUGGGGGCUAGGGGAGCACCAGAGGUGAAGCAGCAUGUCUUUUUCAAAAAUAUCAACUGGGAUACACUUGCCAGACAGAAGGCCGCAUUUGUUCCCUCAUCCGAGAAUGCACAUGAUACCAGCUAUUUCACUAGUCGUUACUCUUGGAAUCCAUCAGAUGAAUACAUUAACGAAGCCAGUGAAUAUGAGGAUUCUAGUGACAAUGGAAGCAUGAGUGGAGGCAGUAGUUACGAGAGCAAUCGCCAUGAUGAACUGGGAGAAGAGAGCGGAGGUCUCACAGAGGUUGAAUCUGAGUCAUCUGUCAAUUACUCAUUCAGUAAUUUCUCAUUCAAGAAUCUAUCGCAGCUUGCAUCUAUAAACUAUGAUUUGCUCACAAAAGGCUGGAAGGAAGAAGUACAAUCGAAACCCAACUCAUGAUUGUGACCUUCGUGAACACCCCAUUUUUACCAUGACCCAGAGACCUUGAUGGUCUCAUGUGGAGCUUGUAAAUAGAUUUAGGAGCUGGAUACAGGAUGCUAUUUGUCCCUAUAAGGAUGCUGCUGCAGUAUAUGUGGCGACAAUUUUCAUUUGAGUGGUUAUUUGGUUCGGGUUUCAUGUUCUUUAGGCAGUAUAUUUUAUUGAAACAGGAGACUGGUUUUCCCUUUGCCCUCACCUAAGGUUUAUGUACAACAGGGAAAUGGAUUUGCAUCCUUUAUUUAUCUUUUGCCCUCCAGGGCUAAUUGAGACAACAGCAUCGCAAAUUGGUCGACAUAUCUUUUUUGCAUUGUUA